AUGUCUCUUCCAGAACUGCCGAGGCUCGACGCUUCCCAAUUCAGAUGGCACCCAGCGCCGGGCUCCAGCCGCACUCUCCAGAGACUGGCCAACGGGACAGAGGCCUGGGUCGGCAUCAAGGAUGAGAAUGCCAAGGGCCAGUACGACACGUACCUCAACACCUCUCUGCGUGUCCAGGAGUCUGGUGCGCUCUCCCUCUCCACGCUCCGCGAUGCUCUCGUGCUGGCCCUGGUUCAAGUUCGCUUCGCGCAUCCAGACAUCGCGUGUGACGCUGUCUGGGGCCAAGAUGCCAGCCCGAGCAAGCCGCAUCUUCAGUACACACCGCCUGAAAGCACCGAGGCCGCUCUCGCGUGGGCGAGGAGCCGUGUUGCCAUCACCGCAGGCGGCUACGAUGGCUUGCAGCUUCAGCUUGACCUCAGUCGCCAGCGACGCUCGCGCGCCCCCAAGUCAGCGCCGUCCUUUUCCAUUACGCUGCUCUCCAACGAGUCAGACCGAGAGCGCAGGUUGCUCGCCGGCGCCAAGGUGGACAUGCUGAUUCGAUUCAAUCACAUCUUCUGGGACGCCAUGAGCUCUCGCGACUUUACCGGGCAGAUACUGCGUUGCGCCGCCAAACAUCUGCAAAAGAAUGCUGCCCAGACUUUGCCGUCGUUGGAAUGGGGCACCGAGAUUGCUCGGCUGGCAACGCCGCUCCUCGAUGCGUGCGCAGUCGAUGUUGACACGUUGGGUGCCGACUUUGAGGCCGCUAGAGGAGAGUUUAUUGAUGCCUUGUUGCGAUCAGGGGCGAGCUGGGGUCUUCCCGUCACCAACAGUACUGGGGACGCACGCUCAGAGUGGUUCACCUUUAGCAAGGAGCAAACAAAGAAGAUGAUCCAGGCCGUCAAGACUCGUCUGGGGCAGCAAGCAACCCGCUUGGUUCGAGCGCCCCCCCUGGAACAUCGAUUCGGCUCGUGCCAGGCCGGCGCCGUCGUUGAAUUCAAAGACUUGGCAUCAUGGGCUCCCGCAACAGAUCACCCUGGCAGUGUACAAGAGGCAUUGGGCAAGCUCUCCAGGCAUGUCAAGGAUUCUUACGACUAUUGGCUGCGCAACCAAUUCCAAUUGCCUCUGGGCAUAUCCAAAGACAACUUUUUGUCCGCCUUCCUCUCAUCGUCUCCCAUGCCUUUUACGGGGUCUUCCAUCCCGAUUUUUGUUACCGAUGGUCUGGUAGACAACUACGUUCCUGGGCACGUUGCAACGCCGGAUGGCGAGCAACUGCUCGACGUCGAAAGCUGCGUUUUUGGAGUCGACACCUACAUGUCAGAUAUUCUUAUCCGUAUGGAGAGCUGGAAAGGUGCUACAGUUCUCUCCGUCUGCUACAAUGACGGAUGUCUACAGGCCGAGACUGCGAGAGAGUUUUUGGGCCGCGUCGCGCAGUUCAUGCUUGCCUUUAUUCAGGAGGAGCACCCAUGA